AUGCUUCCACACUCGUACACCGUCGAUUCGCUCUCGCAAUCUCAAGACCUAGCUUCGGCUAUACUCGCAGCUUCGACGCCGUCGAAUAUCUCCGCUGCUUGUUCUUCCGUGGAAUCGUUUCUCCAGUCGCAUACGCCUGAUCAGUGUCGCCAUUUCUUCUCUAUUACCUUUCCGAUCUUAAUCUGCAAGCUAUUCGGCUUCGGCGAUGCAACCGCUGGAUCUCCGGCACAGUCUUCGUUGCCGACGAACGGUUGGAUCGAUGUAAUAUCUGGGGCUAACGAUUUGGGUUUAGCGGAAAGAGUUUUCUCUCUCCUCUCCCCCAGUGGAAUACUCAUGAGCUCGAUUUUUGCUGUUGACAAAUUAUCUCUUGUUAAGUACGUUUUUCCGACUGAACGUCUACCGGAGUAUGCUCGAUUCAUGCUCUCUAGCGAGAAGGAUCGAUGUGCGUUGUCUAAUCUAUGCCCCUUUUUGAAAGGUAAAAUCGAAGAGGAUUCACUUCGAGGUUCAUCUUAUGAAGUUCGUCUUAAUGUUUUUGAGUAUUACAUGUUUUGGGUCUCUUAUUAUCCGGUUUGUAGAGGAAACAACGAGAAUUCUGCUGUGAUUCCUAUACAAAAGAGAAAGAUGUUUAGGCUAGAUAAUUGGACACUUAUCAAAGGUUUUCCAGGGAGUAACAAACGUGAUUCAGAUCAGAAAUUGGAGUGUAAUCUCUACAUGAGGAUUUUUUACUCUUAUCUGAAAGAAUUUGUUCCUGUUCUUGACUUAAACGCACACCAGCCUUAUCGUAGCUCUCUUUUGCAUUAUGGAAAUGGAUUUGAUGGGUCAGUGAUGACAAGAGCUGAGUUCUUGGUGAAUGUUUUUGUGCAUUAUUGGCUUGUUGAAAAUGACUUCUCACCGUUUCCUGUUGUUACGGCUAAAUCUUUUGGUAUGGCUCCUCCUUUCCGUUCUGCUGUGGAGGAAAUUCCACCUACUUGUGGGUUAGAAGAAGUAGUAAAGUUGCUUGUGAAGUAUCUGAAUCUGAGCUGGGUUACAAGUGGUGUUGGGAGUGAAAACUACGUUGAGUAUGGAGAUAGUCCACGGUGGAAGACACCGACUUCAGGAUCAGCAUUCCAUGUCGCUAAUUUAAGCCUCAGGCCGCUCACUUCUUGGAAUACCCAUUUACAGAGGCCGCUUUAUCGAUAUAUAUUGAGGAGCUUCUUGUUCUGUCCCAUAGGAAGCUCUAUUAAGAAUGCAUCUCAGGUGUUGUCCAUCUGGGUUAUGUACCUGGAACCAUGGGUGACCAGUUUGGAUGAUUUCUCAGAUCUCGAAGCUGCUUUAAAUGGAUCUGAAAAGGUUGCGAAAAAGGAAGAAUCUUACGAAUCACGUGUAUGUGGAUACACAUCUUUGUGGCAGAGCUAUGUGAUAUCCAAUUAUCUCUACUACAGCUCUCUGGUUAUGCAUUUUAUUGGCUUUGCGCACAAAUUCCUUCACACAGAUCCAGAAAUAAUAACUCAGAUGGUUCUGAAGGUGAUGAGUAUAUUGACAUCGUCAAGAGAGCUUUUGGUUUUAAUGAAGAAUAUUGACAAAGCCUUUCACUCUAAACAAACUGGACCAGGAAACUCAACAGUGAACGAAUUGUCUAGAUUUGUUCCCUCUAUCCGUGAGCAGCUGAAGGACUGGGAAGAUGGUCUGUGUGAGAGCAAUGCUGAUGGGUCAUUCUUGCAUGAAAACUGGAACAAAGACUUGAAACUCUUUAGUGAUAGUGAAGAUGGUGGACAACAACUGCUUCAGCUAUUCAUACUGCGAGCUGAAGCCGAACUGCAAGCUGUGUCAGAGAAAAACCUCUCGGAGGCCCUAAAGUGUGUAGAUUCAUUAAAAGCAGUGGUCUCAAACUUCUUUGGCGGGCAUGUCAUAAAACCAAUCUCUUUCUCCCUAGAGCUGGACCACCCCCAUAAAAACCGUGAUGAGCUGUUCAAGCCACGUGGUGCUGGGAACCAAAUAGCAGGCAGUGUGAAGUACAAAGGGGACUGGAUGACUCGUCCGAUAUCAGAAGACGAGGUUGCAUGGAUGGCUAAGCUCCUAAUCAACAUCUCUAUCUGGCUCAAUGACCGUCUCGGGCUAAACCAACCUGAGACCUACAAUGACAAGAAGGAGAAUUCAGAGUCGGUUUCAUACGUAGACGUAUCAGAAGAAGAUGCAAGAAACGUUGCUGGACCAGGAGAUGCUGCGAGGAUGAUGUUGCGCGGGAUGGUGAUGAUAAUGUUGAAGUCAGAGGAGAAAGUCAUUGCUAAGCCUGGUUCCAUGUGCUACAUGUCUGGGUCCGUCGAGAUGGAAAAUACAUAUACUCCUGAACAAGAAGUUGGAGUCUUGCAGUGGAUUUUGGGCAAGAGUGUAAGCAGCGUAGUUCUACGGAAUACAGGGCAAAAUGAUGGAUUUGUGGGUAUUGCUGCACCUUAUUUGGCUAGGAUUCUCCCGAUCGAUCUGGCAAUGUUUGGAGGUGAGAUCUUAUGCCAGGCAGAUGCAUUCCUUUGUUCUGUCAAUGAUGUGAAGGUUGUCAAUUCCGUUGACCAGAGGGCAAGAAACAUUGUUGCGGCUGCCGCUGGUGCAGAGGGAUUUCUGAGACAACGCCUAUCUGGACAAGGUCUUGCUUUUAUUCUCGCAGGUGGCUCAGUUGUACAAAAAAAUCUGGAGGUGGGAGAAGUUCUCAUGAUUGACGUGUCUUGCAUCGCUGCUCUCACACCCUCAAUCGAUGUCCAAAUCAAAUACAAUGCUCCUUUGAGACGAGCUGUAUUCGGGGGUGAUAAUGUAGUAAUGGCGACUCUAACGGGACCAGGCGUCGUCUUUAUCCAAAGUUUACCCUUUCAUCGGCUUUCGCAGCGUAUCGCAAGGUCGGUGACGUCACCAAACAUGAGGGAAAAUCCAAGAUUGUUGAUACAGAUAGCGAUAUUUGCGUUCCUUGCAUACGCUGUGAUUCUAUCUUCGUUGAUGUUAACCGAAGUUUGA